UCGUCGCCGCCGAAGAGAAAUAUGGGGAGGACCACGCUCAGCCGACUGGUCAGCUUCGGUCUGCAUAUUUACGGUAUAUGGCCGUAUGUACCGUCGACUGUGGUGUUCAGAUUGUACUGGAUCAUAGCGCUGAGCACGACUCAAGUCUUUCAAUAUCGAUACGUAGUGAUGAACAUUCAUAUGGACGACAUCUCCAAGUAUAUGGAUGGAGUGAGCAGCGCAAUGGUGUCUUCUUUAUUCUACAUUAAGCUCAUUAUCCUUUGGAUUUAUCAACGAAUAUUUUACGAUCUAUUGCAAAUGAUGUCUGCGGAUUGGCAAGAUAGCACUUUGAACCGCUGUAGCUCGCGCGUAAUGAUAGACGGGGCAAAUCUUGCACGUCGUACCUCGAGGUGGAUUAUCGGCAUGCAAUCGCUCAACUCACCUAAUGUCGCAGCAAUUUUGGUAAAGACAUUGAUAUACUACAUUUCGAUGAACGUCGAGGCAUUCAUAUACUGUUUUAGUGGUGAACAUCUGACCGCCAAGAGUAAAAUGAUUGGAAGUGCGGCGUACGAUUCACUCUGGUACGAUUUUCCAGCAAAAGAAAGUCGAACUAUAUUGUUUCUCAUUGUCAGAUCGCAGAAAAGUUUGACGAUCACGAGCGGAAGGAUCUUCGACCUCUCUUUGGAGAGGUUUACUAGCUUAUUCGACGAUCGCGAUUGGUCGGCGAGGCGUUUCACGUCGUUGUUGAAGAGAAAUAUGGGGAGGACCACGCUCAGCCGACUGGUCAGGUUCGGCCUUCAUAUUUAUGGUAUAUGGCCUUACGUACCGUUGACUGUGAUGUUCAGAUUGUACUGGAUCAUAGCGCUGAGCACGGCUCAAGUUUUUCAAUAUCGAUACGUAGUGAUGAACAUUCAUAUGGACGACUUCUCCGAGUAUAUGGAUGGAGUGAGCAGCGCAAUGACGUCUUCUUUACUCUACAUUAAGCUUAUUAUUCUUUGGAUCUAUCAACGAAUAUUUUACGAUUUAUUGGAAAUGAUGUCUGCGGAUUGGCAAGAUAGCACUUCGAACCGCUGUAACUCGCGCGUAAUGACAGACGGGGCAAAUCUUGCACGUCGUACCUCGAGAUGGAUCGUCGGCAUGCAAAUCGGCUCCGCAUCUUUUUACAGUGUCGGUGUACUGGCUGCUAACGCAAACAGUCCCGAGACAUUAGAGCCGUACGCGCGAGAGCUCAUUCUAAAGAUGGAGCUGCCAUUCAACAUUAGCACAGAUUUUAUUUACACGACAGUUCAAUCUGUUCAAUUUUAUCACCUGUUUUUAGUUGCCUGCGGCAUUACAAUUAUUAAUUCGCUUCUCGUCACUUUGAUAAUUCACGUCUGUGGUCAAAUCGAUAUUCUUCGAGAAUCGUUGACAAAUAUCUCCAAAUGUUCAGCGGAUUCGAUGGACAAAUUUACAUUGCGAUCGUUGAUUAUUAAGCACCAGCGUAUUAUUAUAUUUGCGGAAAAUAUUGAGACUCUUUUCACGUACAUCGCAUUUAUGAUGCUUUUAUCAGACACUAUCAUCAUAUGCUGUUUAGGAUUUAUUAUCGUUUCCUCGCUCAACACACCUAAUGCCGCAGCAAUUUUGGUAAAGACAUUGAUAUACUACAUUUCGAUGAACGUUGAGGCAUUCAUAUACUGUUUUUGCGGUGAACAUCUGAGCGCCAAGAGUAAAAUGAUUGGAAGUGCGGCGUAUAAUUCUCUCUGGUACGAUUUUCCAGCCAAAGAAAGUCGAACUAUAUUGUUUCUCAUUGUCAGAUCGCAGAAAAGAUUGACGAUCACGAGCGGAAGGAUUCUCGACCUUUCUUUGGAGAGAUUUACUAGCGUAGUAAAAGCUUCGUUGUCGUAUAUAUCGGUACUUUUGGCGAUGUACUGAAGAUGAGUGAUAUAUUGAUAUAUAAUUGUUGUUGUUACGUGGUUAACUAUUUUGGAGGUCUAGGAAAUGGAAUAAAGCUUGUCCUCUUUAUUGCACACACCAACGUUAUUUUAUUGCAAAAAAUGGCGAUAUAUCGAUAUCUUGUCUUGUCGGAACUCGUGGGACUAGUGCGUGUUACAGCGGCCUUUAAAUAGGGAAUAGUGUACACAAGUGUAUAAUGUG